AUGACGUGUCAGUCAAGUCACUGGAGUACAACAGGGACCAGGACUGUAGUUGUGAUUGGGGAUGGGGAUGUCAAGAGUGUGACGUUUAUUUUCAAACAGUUGUGUUAUGGAAAUAAUGAAAACCAGCGAGUUCAUGACACAAAUCACUUUUUAUUCGCUAACGCUCUGAGAGACGCAGAUUCCUACACAUGGAGGUGCAUCAAAGAGCCCUCAUUUAAUAUAUCAGUCCAUGCUUACGACUACGAUUCUGUCGGUGGCAAUGAUGAUCUUGGCGUGACAAGCUACGUGUACAGAGGGAAUACAACUGAGGGACUGACCGUCACGACAACACCCGGAAAUAAGAACUUAUCGAUAAAAAUACAACUUACAGUAUCGUUUUCAAUUAAUAAUUCCGCUAUGCACUGUGAACAGAUAGAAAACGCAAAAAAGACCACACAAUCAACAUCAAUUAUUUCAACGACCUUAGAAAAUAUAGAAAUAAAUACAUUAUCAAAAUCAACUUCACAACGACCACUCAAGACACCAACGGUUAAUACACCAAGAACAACGAUUAGUAAACCAACAACAAAUACUUUCCCAGAAAGAAUGACUAACACACCAGCAAUAGCGACAAAUAACCCUUCAACAACGAACAUUUUAUCAUCAACAACAAUCACUCCACGUACUACAUCAACAACAACAACAAGAACGACAGUUUUACCUACAAUAACAAGGGCAAGAACAGUCACACUACCGUCAACAAAAACUGGACCAAAAACAUCAACCUUUAUUAAGCCCUCCUUUCAAAUAUCAAUCCAUGCUUAUGACCACGAUGCUUUCGGUGACAAUGAUGAUCUUGGCGUGACAAGCUACGUGUACAGAGGGAAUACAAAUACAGGAUUGAUUGUCACCACAAGACCUGGGAGUAAAAAUUUACGGAUAAAAUUGGAACUAAUGACGUCGUGCUCUGCAAAUUAUUUUGGUGUUUGGUGUGAUCAGAAACGAGAAACAACAAUGACAACUACAGCGACAUUAAGAGCUACAAGAACAACAACCCCUACUAAACCAACAACAACGAUCACUACCCAAAUGAAAACAGCGUCGAACUCUAAACUAACACCAAUAACUACCAGUACGCUAAAACCAACAAUAACACCAAAAGCAACAACAACGAAUACACAAAAACCAACAACAACCAGUACACAAAAACCAACAACAACAACCAGUACAACAAAACCAUCAAUAACAACCAGUACACAAAAACCAACAACAACAACCAGUACAACAAAACCAUCAAUAACAACCAGUACACAAAAACCAACAACAACAACCAGUACACAAAAACCAAAAACAACAACCAGAGCACAAAAACCAACAACAACAACCAGUACACAAAAACCAACAACAACAACCAUACCACAAACAACAACAACUACCACACCAAAACCAUCAACAACAACCAGUUCACAAAAUCCAACAACAACAACCAGUACACAAAAACCAAAAACAACAACCAGAGCACAAAAACCAUCAACAACAACAACUACACCACAACCAACAAUAACGACAAGUAGUACACAAAAACCAAUAACAACAACCAGUACAACAAAACCAACAACAACAACCAGUACACAAAAACCAAAAACAACAACCAGACCACAAAAACCAACAAUAACAACCAGUACGCUAAAACCAACAAUAACACCAGAAGCAACAACAACUGGUACACGAAAAACAAGAACAACAACAACCAGUACACCUAAACCAACAAUAACAACCAGUACCCUAAUACCAAUAAUUACACCAAAAGCAACAACAACGAGUACACAAAAACCAUCAAUAACAACCAGUACACAUAAUCCAACAACAACAACCAGUACACAAAAACCAAAAACAACAACCAGAGCACAAAAACCAACAACAACAACAACUACACCACAACCAACAAUAACAACAAGUACACAAAAACCAAUAACAACAACCAGUACAACAAAACCAACAACAACAACCAGUACAACAAAACCAACAACAACAACCAGUACAAAAAAACCAACAACAACAACCAGUACACAAAAACCAACAAUAACACCAGAAGCAACAACAACUGGUACACAAAAAACAACAACAACCAGUACACCUAAACCAACAAUAACAAUCAGUACGCUAAUACCAACAAUUACACCAAAAGCAACAACAACGAGUACAAAAAAACAAAAAACAAUAACCAGUACACAAAAACCAACAACAACAACCAGUACACCAAACCCAACAAAAACACCAAAACCAACAACAACAACCAGUACACAAAAAACAAAAACAACAACAACAACCAGUACACAAAAAACAAAAACAACAACCAGAGCACAAAAACCAAUAACAACAACCAGUACAACAAAACCAAUAACAACAACAAGUACACCAAAACCAAUAACAACAACCAGUACACCAAAACCAAUAACAACAACCAGUACACCAAAAUCAACAGCAACAACAACAAGUACACCAAAAUCAACAGCAACAACAACUAGAACGCUAAAACCGCCAAUAACACCGAAAGCAACAACAAGGAUAAUCACGACAUCAUCAAUGACCAGACAAGCAAAUCCGUCAACAAACCGACCUUGGAGUCAUGGCAAUAUCAGUAUAAUCAUGUUUUUCCUCUCCAUGAAUUAA